CCCGCCGCCGCGCCCGCUCCCCGCGCCGCCGCGCUCCUCGCCCCGCGCCUGCCCCCAGGAUGGUCCGUCCCAGGCACCAGCCCGGCGGGCUCUGCCUCCUGCUGCUGCUGCUCUGCCAGUUCAUGGAGGACCGCAGUGCCCAGGCUGGGAACUGCUGGCUCCGCCAAGCAAAGAACGGCCGCUGCCAGGUCCUGUACAAGACAGAACUGACCAAGGAGGAGUGCUGCAGCACCGGCCGCCUGAGCACCUCAUGGACCGAAGAGGACGUAAAUGACAACACGCUCUUCAAGUGGAUGAUUUUCAAUGGGGGCGCCCCCAACUGCAUCCCCUGUAAAGAAACGUGCGAGAACGUGGACUGUGGGCCCGGGAAAAAAUGCCGAAUGAACAAGAAGAACAAACCCCGCUGUGUCUGUGCCCCAGAUUGUUCUAACAUCACCUGGAAAGGCCCAGUCUGUGGGCUGGACGGAAAAACCUACCGCAACGAAUGUGCACUCCUCAAGGCCAGAUGUAAAGAGCAGCCAGAACUGGAAGUCCAGUACCAGGGCAAAUGUAAAAAGACCUGUCGGGAUGUUUUCUGUCCAGGCAGCUCCACAUGCGUGGUGGACCAGACUAAUAAUGCCUACUGUGUGACAUGUAACCGCAUUUGCCCAGAGCCCACCUCCUCUGAACAGUAUCUCUGUGGGAAUGAUGGAGUAACCUACUCCAGUGCCUGUCACCUGAGAAAGGCUACCUGCCUACUGGGCAGGUCUAUUGGAUUGGCCUAUGAGGGAAAGUGUAUCAAAGCAAAGUCCUGUGAGGAUAUCCAGUGCACUGGUGGAAAAAAGUGUUUAUGGGAUUUCAAGGUUGGCAGAGGCCGGUGUUCCCUCUGCGAUGAGCUGUGCCCUGAGAGUAAGUCUGAGGAGCCAGUCUGUGCCAGUGACAAUGCCACCUACGCCAGCGAGUGUGCCAUGAAGGAAGCAGCCUGCUCCUCAGGCGUGCUGCUGGAAGUGAAGCACUCCGGAUCUUGCAACUCCAUUUCGGAAGACACCGAGGAAGAGGAGGAAGAUGAAGACCAGGACUACAGCUUUCCUAUAUCUUCCAUUCUAGAGUGGUAAACCCUCCACCAAUGUUCAGUGUUGACAUAGCCUUUGGGCAAAAAAAAAAAAAAAAAAGAAAAGAAAAGAAAAAGAAAAAAUAUAUUGUCCAUACUGUAAAUAAGUGUAUGCUUAUUUAUUUGGGGGGAAAACUAUACAUAAAGGACCUUUGUCCUAAAGCUCUCUCCCAGGCCACCUUGUUACUCACUGGACCCGGAGAGGCAGUCAUUGUGAGGUCUACUGGAUGAGGCCCAUAGUUGAGACUUGUAGACAUUUAUUUAUACUGUGUCAUGUUUUAUAAUUUAUACAUAAAAUGUCUGGUUGACUGUACACCUUGUUUUUGAAGAAAUUUAUUCGUGAAAGGAAGAGCAGUUGUUAUUUAUUGUGAGGUCUCUUGCUUGUAAAGUAAAAGCUUUUUUUUUCCCUUGUAAACCAUUUAAGUCCAUUCCUUACUAUUCACUCACUCAUCUGUCUCCCUUCAUUUCACUGUUGUUAGACUCUUUUCCAUUAUAACAAACUUGCAUGUCAGUUUCUGUCAUGUUUAUUUAUUGGAUUCUCUGCUGCCUGUUCUGUACAUACAUGAUCCCUCGGGUUUUGUUUACAAGGAAUCUUGACUGACCAAAAGGCAUUAUAACUCUGACUCAGAUAGAAGGUACAGAGGAUACAUCUUUGAGGGAAUUCCUACUUCCGUUCUCUUGUUGUGAUGAAGACAUUUGUGAGAGGGGCUGAUAGCAAUGUUGGGUGGUUUCUAAUAAUGUACUUUUAAGAUGUUACAGAUCCAAAGAAAUUGAGUGAUAUGGGUGUCAGGAGCCUGAAGGAAGGGGAAUGCUACACAUUCAACCUUUUGUUAGGUGUUUCCUUUAAGCUAGUCUGCUGUACCUUUUAAAUUAGUCCUUUUCACCCAAUGUGUCAUGAAAAGUUAUAUCAAAGCUUUAUCAGUUCAAGUUUCUUGCUUUUCAUAAUACUUUUUUCUGAUGCAAUUUUAUAUUU